GAAAAAAAUAUCUGUUGUGUGGAGCGCCGCUGCCAUUUUGUUAGGACGAGUGAAUUCGGAAACGUCUGGCGAAAGCGUCUGUAUGUAAACGAAUUAGAGCGGAAGGUUUUAGCUGGUUGCUUUUGAAUAAAAUCGAAGCAAAAUGCUCUCCGCAGCCCAGUUACUCGAUGAGUUAAUGGGCCGAGACAGAAACUUGGCCCCUGAUGAAAAGCGCUGCAAUGUUCGCUGGGACCACGAGACUGUCUGCAAAUAUUAUCUGUGUGGCUUUUGCCCAGCUGAACUGUUCACCAACACGCGCUCUGAUUUGGGACCUUGUGAAAAGAUUCAUGAUGAAAACUUGCGAAAAAUGUAUGAGAAGAGCUCCCGGUUCAUGAAGGAAGGCUACGAGAGAGACUUCCUGAGGUACCUGCAGAGUUUGUUGGCUGAGGUGGAGCGCCGGAUCCGGAGAGGCCAUGCCAGACUGGCACUGUCACAGGCCCAGCAGAACUCUGGAGGUCCUACUCUUUCUGGGAAGAAUGAGGAGAAGGCUCAGGUGCUCACAGAGAAGAUUGAGGCACUUGUUGUCCAGAUUGAAGAGCUUGGCUCAGAAGGGCGUGUAGAGGAAGCUCAGGGCAUGAUGAAGCUGGUGGAACAGCUGAAGGAGGAGAGAGAGCAGCUCAGCUCAACACCAUCUACAAUUGAGAGCUUUGCUGCUCAGGAGAAGCAGAUGGAGGUGUGUGAGGUGUGCGGUGCGUUCCUCAUUGUUGGUGAUGCUCAGUCCAGAGUAGAUGACCAUCUAAUGGGCAAACAGCAUAUGGGAUAUGCUAAAAUUAAAUCUACUGUGGAGGAACUCAAGGAAAAACUGCGUCGGCGCUCAGAGGACCCAGAAAGAGAUGAUCGGGCGAAGAGGGAAAGAGAGAGGGAAGACAGGGAGCGUGAAAGGGAGGAGCGUGAGAAGAGACGCAAGGAGGAAGAGGAGAUGCGAGAGAAGGAGAGAGAGAAAGAGCGAGAGAGAGAGCGUGAGCGGGAACGCGAGAGAGAGAGAGAGCGGGAGCGGGAGAGAGAGCGUGAGCGUGAAAGACGCAGCAAAAGGAGUCAUUCGCGCAGCCGCCACUCGAGUCGGGCCUCUGACCGCCGCAGGAGCCGAUCUCGGGACAGACGGAGAAGCAGAAGCAAGGACAGGGAGAGGGACAGGAAGCGCAGCAGGAGUCGUGACCGUGAGAGGAGGCGCAGCAGGGAGCGCUCUGACAGGAAGAGACGUUCACGCAGCAAGGAACGAAAGAGGUCCCGCAGCUCUGAGCGCAAGAGCCACAGACACCGCAGCCGCAGUCGAGACAGAGACAGAGACAAAGACAGAGAGAAGGAUAAAACUGCCAGAGACAAAGAGCACAAGGACACAGAAGAGAAAAAAGGCAGUGGAAAGGGCUCAAGUGAUGAACGGCCCAGCGAGCCCUCAAAGUCUGAGCCCAUGGAGGUAGAGCCUCCUAAAGCAGAGCUGAACGGCACCACUGAAGACCUCCAUUCUGAAGGUGACACUCAGUCCAAUUAAAACUGAUCUGAUAGGACCUCAGAUCAGCUCCAGGGGAUGCUGGGACAGCUGAGUGAAGAAGACCUGAAGACCUCCGAACUUUUGCCAUGCAUACUCCGCUGCUUAAAACAAGGUGAACCAGAUGUAGUGGCCUAAUUAGGAUAAAAUAUAAGGAAAACAUGUAAAAAUUGUUCUGUUGCCCUUUACAGCCAGUUUCACAGGACCUUGUUUUUACUCCAUUUGUUUUUCUUCAUUCUUUACUGUUAUGAGCUUAAAAGCCUUUAAUUACGCAAAGGGCCAAUUUAAUUUUUGUUAAUAUACUCAGUGAACCUGUAAACAUGUUUGCUUUGCACAGUUGGGUCUCACGUCACGUUUUAGAUUUUGAAGACCAGUUUUGGAGAGUAAUGUACAGUGUUUGAACGGAGAUUCUGAUUGGGCUCUCUGACGCUUAACUUUCUUCCCUCUCUGUAAGCUUAUAUCCCAAAUGUUCGAUCAAUUUUAGUUUAGAAAAACUGGAUUUUCAUUUUGUUUGAAUUUUAAAAAGCUGUAUUUGUCUUCAAUAAAAAGUCCAAAUGAAUUCA